GUGUGAGACUGCGCUCACCUCAGGAUCAGCUCCCAGGGAAUGCAGGGAUCUAACACCUUGCGCAAAGUUCUCUGGACCCUCCCUUUUGUUAUUCUUCUUUAGGGGGCAGGAGACCUUGAACGUUUCCCCCCUUUGGAGUAGCUGUGACCUCUAUCUUGCCUGCUUCACUGCGUCAAGAGUUCUGUAAGGAAACAGUACAGACAGUCCAGAUAGGAAAGGUGGCUGAGAGAAUCCUGAUGGUGGUAAUUGCGGAAUUUACCAAUACAGUCCAAAUCACAGCAAUGAUUAUAUGAAUGCUGGAGGUUAGAGCUGCUCAAGGUCAAGUUGCGGGGGAGAGCAAAUUGGGUGUGAGAUAAGGACAGAGAGACGAGGCACCUGCAGUGCCCAGCCUGUCAUUGGACGACUAAUUCUGCUCCCUGCAAGCAGGAAUGAUGGAGGGUAUUAACAUGUAGGUUGCUGCAGCACCAGAGCAGCAGAAUGGGCAGGUACAAGCGUCGUGGUGCUGGACUGCAACCCUGAGAGCAAGAGUCAGCUAGACGGCUUCAGAGCACCUGGAUGGUCUUAUGCCUUCUUCUCCUAAAGCAAGGGGAUCCUUCCUCUUAGCUCUACGGCCUUUACUGGAUUCUCUCCUCCAUCCAGCUCUAAAUCUGGAUUAAGGAUUUCUCACUGAUCAAACCAGAGUCAUCGUCUUUUUUUUUUAGUAACCUUCCUGUCUGCUUCUGAGUGAACUGAAUUGAAAGCAAUACUGGCCACUAUGGGGGAAAUGACCAACAGUGAUUUCCAUGAAAAGAACCAAAGAAACAAGACCAUUCAUGGGAGCGAAUUCGGCUGCUCCCUCAUGGAGCUGCGCUCCCUCAUGGAACUGCGGGGUGUGGAGGCUGUCACCAAAAUCCAGGAAGACUAUGGGGACAUAGAUGGGCUCUGCAGGCGGCUGAAGACAUCUCCAACGGAGGGGUUGUCUGGAUCUUCCACUGAUAUUAACAACAGGAAACUGAUCUAUGGAGAAAACUUCAUCCCUCCAAAAAAGCCAAAAACUUUCCUACAGUUAGUAUGGGAGGCACUGCAGGAUGUCACCCUAAUUAUCCUGGAGAUAGCCGCACUGAUCUCACUGGGCCUUUCCUUAUAUCAGCCACCAGGGGGCGAGAGUGAAUCAUGUGGAACCAUCACUGCAGGGGUUGAGGAUGAGGGUGAGGCGGAGGCUGGCUGGAUAGAGGGAGCCGCGAUCUUACUCUCUGUGGUGUGUGUAGUCCUUGUCACCGCUUUUAAUGACUGGAGCAAAGAGAAACAGUUCAGGGGUCUCCAGAGCCGCAUUGAGCAGGAGCAGAAGUUCACCGUCAUCCGCUGUGGGACCGUCGUACAGAUACCCGUGGCUGACAUUUUGGUCGGUGAUAUUGCACAAGUGAAGUACGGUGACCUACUUCCGGCUGAUGGAAUCUUGAUACAAGGGAAUGACCUGAAGAUUGACGAAAGUUCCUUGACGGGGGAAUCUGACCAUGUACGGAAAUCAGCAGACAAGGACCCCAUGCUGCUCUCUGGCACCCAUGUGAUGGAAGGCUCAGGACGAAUGCUGGUCACAGCCGUAGGAGUCAACUCCCAGACAGGAAUCAUCUUCACGCUGCUAGGUGCUGGUGGUGAGGAGGAGGAGAAAAAAGAGAAGAAAGGUAAAAUGCAAGAUGGCAAUAUGGAGAACAACCAAACCAAAGCCAAGAAGCAGGAUGGUGCUGCAGCGAUGGAAAUGCAGCCAUUGAAGAGUGCAGAGGGCGAGGACACAGACGAGAAAGAGAGGAAGAAAGCCAGUGUGUCCAAGAAGGAGAAAUCUGUCCUUCAGGGCAAACUGACCAAGCUGGCUGUCCAGAUCGGCAAAGCAGGUCUGGUGAUGUCAGCCAUCACAGUUAUCAUUUUGGUCCUCUACUUUGCCAUUGAUAACUUUGUCAUUGCGAAGAAGCCAUGGAUGCCAGAAUGUACACCUGUCUACAUCCAGUAUUUUGUCAAAUUUUUUAUCAUUGGUGUUACUGUCCUGGUGGUAGCUGUUCCUGAGGGUCUUCCUUUGGCAGUUACCAUUUCUUUGGCCUACUCUGUCAAGAAAAUGAUGAAAGAUAACAACCUAGUACGGCAUCUUGAUGCCUGUGAGACGAUGGGCAACGCCACGGCCAUCUGCUCGGAUAAAACGGGCACACUCACUACCAACAGGAUGACUGUAGUGCAAGCCUAUGUGGGAGAUGUUUACUACAAGGAGGUUCCUGACCCAGAUGCCCUGCCAUCCAAAACCCUGGAAAUGCUGGUCAACGCCAUUGCCGUAAAUAGUGCCUACACCACCAAGAUACUGCUCCCUGACAAGGAAGGUGGCCUACCUAAGCAAGUGGGCAAUAAGACCGAAUGCGCCCUUCUAGGCUUCGUUCUAGAACUGAAGCGUGACUAUCAACCAAUCCGUAAUAUGAUCCCAGAGGAAAAGCUCUACAAGGUCUACACCUUUAACUCCGUCAGAAAAUCCAUGAGCACAGUUAUUAAGAUGCCUGGCGGUGGCUUCAGGAUGUUCAGCAAAGGAGCUUCAGAGAUCGUGCUGAAAAAGUGUGCUCACAUCCUGAAUGGGGCGGGUGAACCACGUGUCUUCCGCCCACGGGAUCGGGAUGAGCUGGUAAAGAAGGUGAUUGAGCCCAUGGCCUGUGAUGGGCUGAGGACCAUCUGUGUGGCAUACCGUGACUUCCCUGCAGAUCCUGAGCCCGAGUGGGAUGACGAAAACAAUGUUGUCACCAACCUGACCGCCAUCUGUGUGGUUGGGAUUGAGGAUCCAGUUAGACCAGAGGUGCCUGAUGCCAUCCGGAAGUGCCAACGUGCGGGCAUCACAGUGCGCAUGGUAACUGGGGACAACAUCAAUACAGCCCGUGCCAUUUCCAUUAAAUGCGGCAUCAUUCACCCGGGGGAGGACUUUCUGUGCAUCGAUGGGAAGGAGUUCAACAGGAGGAUCCGCAAUUCGAAAGGAGAGGUAGAACAAGAGCGCAUCGAUAAAAUCUGGCCACGGCUAAGGGUAUUGGCGAGGUCUUCUCCAACCGACAAGCACACUUUGGUUAAGGGAAUCAUUGACAGCACACUAGUGGACCAAAGGCAGGUGGUGGCAGUGACAGGCGAUGGGACCAAUGACGGACCAGCAUUGAAGAAAGCCGACGUGGGCUUUGCCAUGGGAAUUGCUGGUACAGAUGUAGCCAAGGAGGCCUCUGAUAUCAUCCUAACCGAUGACAACUUCUCCAGCAUAGUGAAGGCCGUGAUGUGGGGGAGGAACGUGUACGACAGCAUCUCCAAGUUCCUGCAGUUUCAGCUGACCGUAAACGUUGUGGCAGUGAUUGUAGCCUUCACUGGGGCAUGCAUCACUCAGGAUUCUCCCCUGAAGGCUGUUCAGAUGCUGUGGGUAAACCUUAUUAUGGACACCUUUGCAUCACUGGCACUGGCCACCGAGCCACCAACAGAGGCCCUGCUCUUGAGGAAACCCUACGGUCGGAACAAGCCGCUCAUCUCUAGUACAAUGACGAAGAAUAUUUUGGGCCACGCCAUCUACCAACUCACCAUCAUAUUUACACUCCUUUUUAUUGGUGAAGAGAUCUUUGACAUUGACAGUGGAAGGAAUGCUCCUCUUCACUCGCCGCCCUCUGAGCAUUACACCAUCAUCUUUAAUGCCUUUGUCAUGAUGCAGCUGUUCAAUGAGAUCAAUGCUCGCAAGAUCCACGGGGAACGGAAUGUUUUUGAUGGCAUCUUCAGGAAUCCAAUCUUCUGCUCAAUUGUGUUUGGAACUUUUGGUAUUCAGAUUGUGAUUGUGCAGUUUGGAGGAAAACCAUUCAGCUGUUCUCCUCUGGACCUAGACAAGUGGAUGUGGUGUAUCUUUCUGGGCAUGGGUGAGCUUGUCUGGGGACAGAUAAUAGCGACAGUUCCCACAAACUGGCUUAAGUUCCUAAAGAGGGCUGGCCGUCUUACAUACAAGGAGGAGCUUCCGGAUGAGGACAUGAAUGAGGACAAUGAGGAGAUAGAUCAUGCUGAAAGAGAGUUACGCAGAGGGCAAAUUCUUUGGUUCCGUGGUCUGAACCGGAUUCAGACUCAGAUCGAGGUUAUGAACUCCUUCAAGAGCAGCACCUCCAUUCAGGGGGUCCUAAGUCGGCAGUCCUCCACCACCAGCCAGAACCAGGAUGUAAUCCAUGUGUCUAGCCCCAGUCAUAUACGUGUGGUAAAUGCAUUCCGCAGCUCCCUCUACGACGGCCUAGAAAAGCCAGAGUCACGGACCUCCAUCCACAGCUUCAUGACCCACCCUGACUUUAGGACACCAGACUCCCAGCCCAGCAUCUCCCUGGUUGACACCUCGACUGGAGAGGAAGACCUGACCCUGAGGCACAGCUCCAGCCAGCUCUCAUCACCUACCAAGAACAUCAACCCCCUGGACAGCGGCAUCUACCUGACCAUUGACACCAGUCACUCUUUAGCCUCCUCCAGUCCGGGCAGCCCUCUCCACAGCCUGGAGACCUCCCUCUAGCCCUGACAGUCUGUGCUAAAAUAAAAACUGCACAACCUAGGUGUGAACAAGCCAACAAGAGUGCCAGAUAAGUGUGAAGGUUGGACUGGAACACUCCUUUACAGCGAAUAUUUCACGUGGAUGGCGAGGGGGGUGGGAAGGUGGGCGGCUGAAUUUCAGUGGCGUGAUUCGGAAACCAAGUGACCCAGCCGUUACCUUCUUCCCUUGGAAUAAAACUGACUGUAUAGAUUAUAAAUUUAAAGAGAAAAACUCUCUUUAUUGCUCAUGCAUGAAUGUACAUUACCACGUUUUAUUUAAUUGUGUUAGACUUUAGUUAGGAUUUUAUUAUUUGGGUCUCUUUCAGUGGGAAAUGCCCUGGACUGCACGUUUUAAGGCAGCUUAUCCAACUUUAUUUGUCUGUGACUUUUUGAGGGUCUUGUGUGGCAUGGGCUUAGAUGCAGCAGUUUAUUUCAGUAAUAUAUUGAGAAGCGUGCUAAGGUUGAAGGGCACAACUUUAUCAGUGGAUUUGCAUACAUCGGAAAAAAAGAGACAUUUAUAAAUAGCAAUUUAAUAAUUAUAGUUUCCAUAAAGAAUUCUUCAUUGUUUAUCGGCAUGUUGCCUUGUUUCUGCUUUAGCAGCUCUUACUACUUUAACCUUUGUCCUGAUAAGGAUGUCAUUUGUUUACAGAGCUGUAGGAACUUCCAGGUUUAGGUGUUUAGGGGCACAAUGCUGUGCCGCAGAUGCAGCUGGAAUGGCUCAAGGUGUCGCAUACUUUUGUAACGUCGGAGCAUAGGUGUUUUAUUUCAAAAUGUGUACUGAAUUUGCCUGCUAAUGUAGAUAUUAUUAGAAGAUAAAGGAAGCCAAAAUAUAAUGAGAUAUAAUAAUUACCGUGACAUCUUAGUGUAAUGAUUCUGAGUGGCUUCUUUUAUUUCCAUAUACACAACUUAAGAUUAUUUUGUUCCGCUUUUAGUUUGAAAAUUAUUUUUAUUUUUAUUAUUUAUUUUUUACUCCGUGCGUAAAAUGUAUUUGAGAUCAACCUCAAGUCGGGAAUCGGUUUUGAGGAAUGUUGAAGAGUAAUUUUAUUGAAAUGUUUCCUAAAUAAAUAUGCUUGUUUAAGGUAGUUAUUUUUUAUUAAAUUAUAUGUAACUAUCAAAAGCUACAAUGGAUUCCUAAUAUACGAAAAACGUGAAAAAAAUGAAAUUAUUAGCUUAUAUGUAUGAAAAUCAAACAUUGUGUUGAAAUCUUGUGCUACAUUGUGUUGAGUAUUUUAUUUAAUUCUUAUUUUUAGUUUUAGAUUUCUAUGUUUCAGUUUUACUGAGAAAUUCACAAUGGAAUGUUUUUGAGAAAAAAACUGCACUCUCCAGAUAUGAAUGAAACUUUGUGGUGUAAUCUUUUAUGUGCAACUGUAUGGGUUUUACCCCAGCUUGUCUUCCUGCAAUCACUACAUACAUAUGAGAAGCCCUAUGGAGGUCAUGGGCUGUUAUCUAUUUUAUUGUGUAUUUGUGCUCAAAAGGUGUUCAGAUGAUUUGCCUUGAACAGCCAAACAUGCGCACCAAGAUGCCGGCAGUCACAAGGUAUAAGCAUAAUCCUGGCUCAUAUUCCUCUUGUUAAGAAAGAGCGAAGAUUUACACAAAAUACGCAGGUCAAAUUCGCCCUUGUUUUUACUUUGAUCUAAUACUUGCAUUUGGUUGUUACUGGACAUCAGAGAAGCUUCAGAGGGGAAUAAUCUUGUUCUACCCUUUUCAUGUUGUAACAGCGACGGAAGCAUGUAUGAAUCGUAUCAUCACUCGUCCGUUUAAAGGCAGAGAUGGUGAAAAAAGUGACCAUUGUGUUCUCUUUGUCGUGUCAAUAUUUUUAUUUAAUGUUAUUUCAUUUAUUAUUUACUGUCACUUCAGGUACAUGGGAGCUACCUGUACUUCAGAAAGGAAAACUCGUAUUUCGAAUAAAUUGUAUCGGCUACAUGAUGUAUUCCUCAGGAAAGAGCAAACAUUCUUGGGUAAAAUGAAUGCGCACAAUUUACCCUUAUGUCAAAACUGAAAAUAAAGGUAAUAUUUAUGCCCCUGAUAACACCAUUAAUGCAGCUAAUAUAUACUGCUACACAUUUUAUUGAAUACAUUUUCCAUAGAUUUAAGAAUGAAUUUUAACAAUACAUUCACAAACAGGUGAUAACUUAACGUCUGUAUGUAGGAACUGGACUAGGUUGUCCAGCCCAGACCUGCAAGUGGGCUUAGGUGUGUGCAGUUUUUCAGACAUCUGAGCACUUCUGUGCCAGCUUAGUGAUAUGCCUGUUGAGUUGAUUUAGCUUUCUGUGUGUGUUUAAUGAGAGCCGCACACACCGUGGUCUCGAAACAGGAGGGGGGAGGAAGACUUCCGCGUGGACCAUGUUUCGGGAAGUGCCCCGUUUUGACACCUUUUAAUUUUAGGGUGCAGUUCUCAGUUGUACUUCAUGCUUUCUGAAGAUUCCAGCUCAUCGCUUCUUAAAAAUGCUGAUUACUGCUUGUGAAUCUACCUCUUAGUGGUUUUGUGUUUUGUUCUAAGCAACGUGAAUAUCGAGGGAUGAAGAAAAUGCUAAAUGCUCAGAGUGCAUCUGGUACUCAUGCACGCUUGGGCCGUGAUGACUGCUGUUCCAUCACUGUUUUUAUGAUUUUUGAUUUUUUUUAGAUAUUCACUACAAUUGUAAAUAAAAACAUAUGUCUUAGUUAA